AUGCUUUCAUAUCUAUUCCGUAUUCCUGAGGCAGUCGACACAUACGUAGCAGCAAUUCGUCGGCUGCAACCCUGGGGUCCGUAUGUCCUCGCAGGUUAUAGCUACGGUUCCAUGUUAGCGUUUGGGACGACUAAGAAGAUGAACAAGUCCGAAAAGAAUGUGGUGCAAUUUUUAGGCAUCUUUGAUCUUCCACCGCAUAUUAAGACGCUUAUGCGCCAGCUCGGCUGGAACAUGGCCCUGCUACAGCUCGUUCAGUUUCUAGGUAUCAUAGCAGAAGACAGUGUGGAUCCAGCAGACAUCUUAUCGUACCGCAAUGCCUCCCGUAGCGAUGCCAUCUCACGGGUGUUAGGACUUGCGGAUAACUCGCGUAUGGAGGUGCUAGGCCUAAGUUCACAUGGACUAUCCCAUGAGGUUCAGGGGGGAUAUUAUACUAUGCUUGGGCAGGAUCAUGUCUCUAGCUUUUCUGACAAGCUACGUGCGGCUUUAAGGGAUAACUAG